GACACUGUCGGGAGUGUAUGUGUUCGUUUUCUUCCGGGCUGCGUUAAACCUCUUCAGUCUCCGUAGCCCGAAGGUGAAGUGCCUGUGAAAAUGGAAGUGAAUCCCCCAAAACAGGAACAUCUGCUGGCUCUGAAAGGUCCUGUUUCCCUCUGAUUUGGAAAGAGGAACAGUCUUGUAAUUAUGAAUUACAUUCUAGCACUGAGGAGCUCAGCUAAGAAAUUUUGUAUUUAUUAAGAGUAACUGGAUUACUGCAAAAUGACUACAGAAGUAAUACUACAUUAUCGACCAUAUGAGAGUGAUUCCACACAACUGCUAAAAAUUGCAAAGAAAACAAUUCAGGACUUUCCUACACGCCCACUACCAAGAUUUAUUCCUUGGUUUCCACAUGAUGGGUCCAAAUGUCCACUCAAACCUAAAAGAUCACCACCAGUGAUUUCGGAGGAGGCAGCUGAAGAUGUGAAACAGUACUCAGCCAUUGCAGAACAUGAUGUUAAAUCACAGAGUUAUGACUGCACAGUAGAUCUAUUGGAGUUUCAACCCAAUUUGAGAAAAAAGCACCUAAUCCAGUCACACACACUGAAUGAACAAACUAAUUCUGGAAAUGUGAAUAAACAAUCAGAAAAAGGAAGACAGCACAGGAAGAGGUCUUGGAGUGUUUCACUUCCCAGCCAUAAUUAUACUGAAAAUAUUUUUCCUUUGUCUAAAAAAUUACAAGAUAGUUUAAAGGCACUAAAUUUGCACUCACUUUAUAGAGCAAGAUGGACAAUAGAACACACUAUUUGUAAUAGCAACCAAACUCUGGAAGACAUUUGGGCAAAACUCAAUCAAAUUAUCAGGCACAAUGAACUUCCAUCUUGUAAUGCUACAAUACAGAGACAUCUAGGCCAAAUAUGGGUGUUCUGUGAUAUUAAGUACUGUGAAUAUGUGGGAAAUCUUCUUAAAGGCAGAUUAGCUCUUACUGGGAAAAUAAAUUUAUUUGUGCAUAAAUAUGGUGUUAUAUUUAGUAUGUAAUGAAUUACACUGAUUGUCAAAAAGAAUAUCUGAAUGAAUUGAGUUUGAACUGAAAUAUGUGAAUUAAUUUUUUUAUCAGUCUUAAAAUUUUUAGUGAGUUUUUUUAUUUGACCCUUUGGAAAUAUAACCUAUUCAUUGUUAACAUUGUGAAAAAUAAUUGUGUGUACAGUUUGUAUCCCAGAAAUAAAUACCAAGUGAAUUCCUUGGCUUGUCAAGUCAAGAACUUUCUGGGUUCUGCUUUUAGCAC